AUGAGGAGUUUUGUAAGGCUUUUGUUCGUGGUGGCCUUGGCCUUGGCCUUGUUAGCGCCUGUUGCCAUGGCUCGUGCAGCCAAAGAAGAAUUGAAGGUUGCAUCGGUGUGGGGGAGGGGCGGGUUCUUCUCUUAUCGGUAUAGGCCUUACCAAGCGGCGGUGACAUGCGAUAGGAGUAUCAAGGUGUGCCGUGCCAAGGGCAGCCGUGGGCGCAAUUGCUGCAAGAAAAUGUGCGUGGAUUUGAAGACGGAUAGGUACAAUUGCGGGAAGUGUGGGAAGAAAUGUAAGUACUCGGAGAUAUGUUGUAAAGGGAAGUGUGUGAAUCCAAUGUUUAAUAGGAACAAUUGUGGCGGCUGCAAUAAUAAGUGUAGUAGAGGAAGCUCGUGCGUUUAUGGGAUGUGCGGCUACGCGUAA